AUGCAUCAUCCGGAGCCCGCAGACUCGGCCAGCGGCAGGAAGAUGGCGCAUCAGGCCGUCUUCCACCGGAGAGGGAGUAACACGGGCAGCGGGAGCUCAGUACUGUCUCCUCCGGCAAACUCUGCAGUCAACAUCAGCCACGGAACAGUGGAGGAGUUUCAGCCCGCCCUGUUGAUUCAGCCGCCUGCAGGCUCUUCCUCCCCGGGUCCUCAUCACCCUCCUCCCCAUAGCCUAAACCUGGCCGCCCAGGCCUCUGGGGCUCAGACCAAGAAGAAGAGUGGUUUUCAGAUAACAAGUGUGACCCCAGCCCAGACCUCCGUGAGUACGAAUAACAGCAUUGCUGAAGAUACAGAAAGUUAUGACGACUUGGAUGAGUCUCACACGGAGGACCUGUCCUCCUCUGAGAUCCUAGACGUGUCUCUUUCCCGGGCAAAUGAUGUAGUUGGAGCUGAGAGGAGCUCCUCAGAGGAGACUCUCAAUAACUUUCAUGAAGCAGAGACCCCAGGAGCUGUAUCUCCAAACCAGCCAGCUCAUCCACACUCUAUUCUGCAGGCUGGAACACACAGUGGAGCCAUGGUAAAUGGGACUGUACACCACCAUCAUCACCACCAUCACCAUCAUCACCACCCUAACCAAGCCCAGGCCUACGUCGGGAAUCCCCCAUCUGCUGGAGCAUUACCCAACGUCACCCUAAAAAUGCCUUCAAACAUGGGGGCCCCUCAGGAGAGUGUUUCCCAGGCUGCCCCUCCAGGUGUUGGGGUCAUGGCCUCAGGAAGUGUGGCUGGAAUGCAGAGCUCUGCUGUGGGCACUACAGUUAGCAUAGUUAAUCCCCAGAGCAACAGUGUUAGUAAUGUGAAUAUGUUGAGCUCUGCCAAUGUGCCUGUGAGAGGGGGUAUUAGCUCAAGUGCUAGCAGUAGCACUUCUGGUUUUCCUCUCAAUGUGAUAAGCAGUAGUGGAACUAACCUUACAACAAAUACUAAUGCCACCAAUAUUCAGCAACAAACCAACCAAAACAUAACUAUGACUCCUUUGAGUUCUGCUGCUGCAACUAGUGCCUCAGGGGGGACGGGAGUCAGAGCAGCUGCUUUACCUUCAGCCGGUGCCCCUCACACUUCUGCACCCCAACAAUCGGGCCCUGCCCACCCUGCCACAGCCACCACGAGCUCUCGCUUUAGAGUGGUGAAGCUGGACUCCAGCUCAGAGCCCUUUAAGAAGGGAAGAUGGACUUGUACAGAGUUUUACGAUAAGGAGACCCCUGCUUCUGCACCCAGCUCUUCUGCCUCUGACAGCAGCACAGUUUCUGCCCGUCAGUAUGUGAGCGAGAGCUUCGCUGCCCCUUCAGAGCGUGAGACCACCAGUGGCAGUUCAGUUAGCAGUAGUGUGAGCACUUUAAGCCAUUACGCUGACAGUGUGUGCAGUAGUGAGUCUACACAGCAUGUCCAGGACUAUAGCUCUCCUCAGGGGUUUCAAACCAUGGCCCCUGGUGCCGUGAACCACUUGUAUGAACAGGUGAAGACCACUGUGGCCCAGCUCCCUGCUUCUUUGAGCAGUCUUCAGUCUCAGCAGCUCACAUACGCACAGGCUGUGUCAGGUCAGCCCACUGGGCCUGUCACUGUCCAAACACAGAACGUCAGCUACCCUGUACCACAGCAGCCUGCCCCAGGGCAGACAAGGCCUGAUUUCACUCAGUCUCUAUCAAAUGUGGUGGGAGCUUCUCAGCCUACUACCCUCCAGGCCUCUGCUGUGGCUCAUAUGGCUGGACUGUCUCACCUGGACGGUCCGCAGCAGAAGCCACAGUCUCUUCUAACACAAAUCCAGAACCAGAGCAUCGGCCUGCUUUCCGCCACAACUGCACCUCCUCAUAAGAGUGAUCUCCAAACCUCUGCCCUGCCUGGGAGCGCAGGGGGGAGACUCAGCCACGACUCCAGCAUCGCCCAGGCCCACGCUGCUCAAGCCAGUGCCCUUUACGCCAGUUUGCCCUCCUUCACCACCACCCAGCUCCAGGACGCACAAAGACUUCUCCUCCAGCACCAGUCAGCUUUGCUGGGGCUGCCCAAGGGUCCGGGGGCAGAGGCCGGGAGCGGAACUGCUGCGGGACAAGAGGCUGAGGGCAAUGCUACUGCUAGUGCCUUAACGUCCACCACCAAGACCAUCGAUGGAGAAGAUGAAGGUGUAAUCUUCCCCCUGGCAGCGCACUGGGUCCGCUGCGCUUUGUGUGGAGAUCAGCAACAUCCCCCCAAACUCACAACAGGCAAAGGAAGUGACCCGGUCCACACCAUAGUGGACCGAACCAGCCCAAACCGGCCUGACCACCACUGA